CUGCAAACAGGAAGUUUGACACAUGCAUAGCUCUUAGCUUCUGUGUAAGAAGUUGUUGAGCUCCUUCUGGAAAAAUUUUUAGUUACUUUAAGUAAAGUGUAAAUACUCAUGAAUGGCAGCGUACAGAGAACUAUCUGGUAACCAGUGUACAGGUACAACAGCUCUUCAGAAAUUGGAAGGUUUUGCUAGCCGUUUAUUUCAUAGGCACUCUAAAGGUACUGCACAUGAUCAGAAAACAGCUCUGGACAAUGACAGCCUUCAUUUCUCUGAAUAUACUGCCUUAUGGGACAGAUCAAUGAAAGAGUUUCUAGCCAAAGCCAAAGAAGACUUCUUAAGAAAAUGGGAAAAUCCUGCUCAGAAUAAUGCCGGCCUGGAAGAUUUUGAAAGGAAAAAAACCCUUGGAACAGGUUCGUUUGGAAGAGUCAUGUUGGUGAAACAUAAAGCCACCGAACAGUAUUACGCCAUGAAGAUCUUAGAUAAGCAGAAGGUUGUUAAACUGAAGCAAAUAGAGCAUACUUUGAAUGAGAAAAGAAUAUUACAAGCAGUGAAUUUUCCAUUUCUCGUUCGACUGGAGUAUUCUUUUAAGGAUAAUUCUAACUUAUAUAUGGUUAUGGAAUAUGUCCCUGGGGGUGAAAUGUUUUCACAUCUAAGAAGAAUUGGAAGGUUCAGUGAACCCCAUGCACGGUUCUAUGCAGCUCAGAUAGUGCUAACAUUCGAGUACCUCCAUUCACUAGACCUCAUCUACAGAGAUCUAAAACCUGAAAAUCUCUUAAUUGACCACCAAGGUUAUAUCCAGGUCACAGACUUUGGGUUUGCCAAAAGAGUUAAAGGCAGAACUUGGACAUUAUGUGGCACUCCAGAAUAUUUAGCUCCAGAAAUAAUCCUCAGCAAGGGCUACAAUAAGGCAGUGGAUUGGUGGGCACUAGGAGUGUUAAUCUAUGAAAUGGCAGCUGGCUACCCCCCAUUCUUUGCAGACCAACCAAUUCAGAUUUAUGAAAAGAUCGUUUCUGGAAAGGUUCGAUUCCCGUCGCACUUCAGUUCAGAUCUCAAGGACCUUCUGAGGAAUCUGCUGCAGGUGGAUUUGACAAAACGGUUUGGAAAUCUAAAGAAUGGUGUGAGUGAUAUAAAAACUCACAAGUGGUUUGCCACAACAGACUGGAUUGCUAUUUACCAGAGGAAGGUUGAAGCUCCAUUCAUACCAAAGUUCAGAGGUUCUGGAGAUACCAGCAACUUUGAUGACUAUGAAGAAGAAGAUAUCCGUGUCUCUAUAACAGAAAAAUGUGCAAAAGAAUUUUGUGAAUUUUAAAUAUGAGCAACGAGAUGAUAUCAGAACUCGCGCUCAGUACUUUGCACUCUAGAGAGAGAAGGGUGGAGCUGAGACCGUCCUUGUUGAAGCAGUUAACCUAGUUCCUUCAUCCCAGCGACUGAGGUCUUGAUUGCCAUCAUCUGUGUGUGCACUCUGCGUCCACCUGUGUAACAAGGCACCACUAAGCAAGCAUUGUCUGUGCCAUAACACAGAACUAGGCACUUUCCUGCUUCUCUUUGGUUUGCCUUUCUCCUCUCCUCCUACAUCCAUUUGUUCCCUUUUUCCUUUUCCUUAGUUUUUCUCCAAACAGUGCUCCAUUUUUUUUUUUUUGUUGGUGUUUCAAAUGGGCAGUGUUAUGGCUAUGUGAUAUUUGAAGGGAAUGAUAAGUGUUCCUUUUAGUAGUCCUUGCCAAUAUUUCUGUUGGUCAAUGACUUGAAGAUAUACUUUCUAAUAAUUAUUUUUACUUUGUAGUUCAGACUCAGUUUUGCCAGAACUCUUGACAAUUUUUGAAGAUAGAAUGUUUUAUUAUCAAGAAAAUAUAUACAAAUUAAAACAGUAACUUUCUUCAAACUUAUUGUUCUGGCAAUAAAUUUGGAUGGACUAAUAAUAUAGGGUAGAUAGACACAGCAAUAUAGAUUCCUAUAGAUCAAAGGUUCUAUUCUCCCCACUUCUUUUUAUAGCAUCCUCCCCUUGAGUAAUUAAGUGACCAGCUUGAGCAUUGUGACAAAUGUGUCUCACUCACAGAAAAAACUAAUGAUAUGGGUUAUGAUCAGCUAGUUUCUCUCACUUGGCGUCGGCAUUUCUGUAGGUAUUAGAGUUCUAAGAUUUCUAAAUCUUGACUGUUCCGUGAGGGCUUUAGCCAGUAUUUUAAUAAAACAUGACUAAUGAAAGUGACAAAAUUUUAAGUUUCUCAAAUAAGCCCUCAUUGUAAACUUUUUAAAGGAAAAGAAACUAAAAAGAACGUUAAUGUGGACAAAUACUUGGCUAACUCAAACAAGUGGCUUAAUUAUUGUAAACAGUAUAGACAUGCUCUUAUGUAAGUGAGAGUUUUCUUUUGUGUUUGCUUUGCUAUGUUUCAUCACAGUUAGGAGCAAAGAAGCCCUUGCCAGGCCAUCAUGGCGGCGCGCCUCAGUGGGUGUCAGCCUGAGGCAGAGGCACCACGGCAACCUCGGCUUUCAUCCUGUGCCUCAUCAGUGAGGAGAGAGACAAAAUUUAUAAAACUGCCACAAUGGCAUUAGAAUGGCAGGUGUGAUAUUUUCAGAUAUGUAAUAGUUUCCAGCCUCUUUCCUUUCAGCAAACAGAAUGAGUGGUCAUGCAGGUAUAGCAUUGGAGUUUAGUUUUUUUACAUACUCUUUUGCCAACUGACUUAACAACGUUGUGGUCAUGUGGAAAUUUCAAGCACUUUUGCACAUUUAGUUUAGUGUUUGUUGAGAAACCAUGGCUUAACUCAGUUUUUAAAAUAUUUUUAUCUUUGCUUUAAAAUUUUCCCAUCUGGUUUUCUUUCUGUGAGUCAGUGACCUAUCUUAAAAGAACACACCAAAAGAGUUGAAAAUAAACUGGCUCAUUUUUUUAUGAUCAAUUUACAUGCAUAUAAGAUAUUGUUUUUAAUCCAACUGAUCUUAAUGUAUAUAAGCAUCUUAUUUGCUUCCUCAUUGGUGCAGGUAGGGCACUGACUCUACUUCUUUUCCUCUCUACCACACCCUUGCAUAACCUUUGAAGACAUUGAAAAAGCCUGUCUGCGAUGUUCUCUGGAUCAAUUUGUACAUCUUUUGAAUGUCAAGUGUUUCUGCAUGGUUAUAUCAUUUAUAAGCUGGUACUGAUUUCAGCUUUUGGUCCACCUAUAUUUAAAAUGUGCAAAAAAAAAAUGAACUACUUUGCUGUAGCAAGUUUUGAUGUAACAAAAAUAUAUCAUGUUCAUAAGCUUAUAAAAUAUCGUUUGUACAAAAUACUUUAAUUAGGUUUUUUUUGUAUUUCAUUUAGACCCAAGAACAUGCUGAUCAUUGUAUUCUAUAUGUAUGUUACAAAUUCUAUGGUAGCUUUGUUGUAUAUUAUUGUAAAAUUAUUUUAAUAAAUCAUGGGGAUGACAAUUUGAUUAUUACAUUUUAGUUUUUGGUAAUUAAAAAGAUUUCUAUGAAUUCUAAAAAUAUUUUUUUUAAUGGAAUUACUACUGCGCAGCAUCACUUGCUGUAGAAUCUAUCUGGGUAGAUGAUGCCUACUCAAUACAUUGGUUUUGAGGGCUAUUUAGCCAUUCCAUUUUACUUUCUAUUUAAAGGACACGAGCAAGCUUUUAAAUAUAUCGAGGGAGUUUAUUUCCAACCAAUCGAGUACACUGAAUUAGAAUAUCUUAAAAUUAUAUAAAGUUCUCAGUUUCUGCCACAAUGUAGACAAGAACAAUAUAUAAACUUGAAUAAGAAAUAAAUGGCAUGAAUCAGUAUUUAACUUCAAAUUACAUUAUUUGAAACAGAAGGAAUUACAGUUUUACUUGGUAAAUAAUAAGAAGAUGGCAUUGUAGAAGAAAGAACCCUAGGCUGAAAGUCGAGGCCUCCGUUUGAGGCCUGGCCUGGCACCGCCCGCAGGACCUCUGCUGCGGUUCUCUGCGCUGCACAGUGGAAGAGUCCCAUUAGGCAGUUCCUGAAGUCCCUUCUAACUUUCACAGGUUGUGAUAAGAUUCUUUUUACGACAGUUUGAGGGGAUCACGUGCUUUGAAGUAAAUCUUGUUAAGAUGAUCUUUUAGGGCAUUUCUCUCUUCCAGUGUUCGUACAAUUCUUUGAAUAUCCUGAAAAGCUCAUGUCCGUUUAGGUUCCCUCCUCCUUCACUGAUGCUCAGUAUCUAAUUGAUAUCAAACUGUCAACCUACCCAAAAAAGAAGACAUUGUGGCUUGUGGGUAUUGCUAUCAUGUUUUUGAUAUGUUCUCAUAUUGACUGCCCAUUGGCCUGAAAAUACUCAUUGUAAGCUUGAAAAAAAAUCAUUUUUCUUUCCCACGGAUUGUUUUUCCUGCUUAUUAUAAGAAUCAAAUGAAAUAAUGUAUGUGAAAGCACCUUGUAACCUGUAACCUAUCAAUGUAAAAUGUUAAGGUGUAUUGUUAUUUCAUUAAUUACUUCUUUGUUUAGAAUGGAAUUUCCUCUGCACUACUGUAGCUAGGAAAUGCCGAAAACAACUGUGUUUUUUAAUUAAUCAAUAACUGUAAAAUUAAAGUAUCUU